AAAAUUCGUUCUAAGGUGGAGCUGGAGCUUCUCGGUGUUCCAGAGGAGCUAUCUUUGUCCUUUAACGCCACCUGCCUGAACGGAGAGGUCAUCCCUGGACUCAAGUCCUGCUCCGGCCUCAAAAUAGGAGACACGGUCUCCUUCAGUGUGGAGGCYCGUGCUCGCGGUUGUCCCAAACAAAAGAAGAAGACCUUCAUCAUCAAACCGGUGGGCUUCAAGGACUCCCUCUCAAUUACCGUCACCUUUGAGUGCGACUGCAAGUGCCAGGCCAAAACCCAGCUGAACAGCCCGAAGUGCAGCAACGGCAACGGCACCUACGAGUGUGGCAUCUGCCUGUGCCACCCGGGCCGGCUGGGCCCGUACUGCGAGUGCGCGGAGGGGGACUAUAACCCCACGGAGCAGGACCGUUGCAGUGGGCCCGCAGGACCKGGGGGUCCUCAGUCCGCCAUCUGCAGCGGCCGCGGCGACUGCGUGUGCGGCCAGUGUGUGUGCCACAACAGCGACUUUGGGAAGGUCUGGGGGAAGCUGUGCGAGUGCGAUGACUUCAACUGCCUGCGCUACAAAGGAGAGCUGUGCUCAGGUCAUGGUGUUUGCGACUGCGGCUUCUGCCAGUGUGCGCCAGACUGGCAGGGAGAAAACUGCAACUGCUCCAGACGCACCGACACCUGCAUGUCCAGCCUGGGUCUGCUGUGCAGCGGGAGGGGACAGUGUGUCUGCGGGGUCUGUGAGUGCACACAGCCGGGGGCUUACGGGGCCACGUGUGACAAGUGCCCCACCUGUCCGGACGCCUGCACCAUGAAGAAGCAGUGUGUGGAGUGUAAACACUUCACGAGGGGCACMUUGUACGAGGACAACACCUGCAGUCGAAUCUGCAAGGAUGAGAUCAUGCUUGUGGAUGAAAUAGAGCUCCAUUACACAAARGCUGUGAACUGCUCUUACAAAGAUGAAAACGACUGUGUGGUGCGCUUCCAGUACUACGAGGAUGUCAGUGGCAAAUCCAUCCUGUUUGUUGUCAAAGAGCCAGACUGCCCCAAGGGCCCAGACAUUUUGGUGUUGCUCCUGUCAGUGGCUGGAGCCGUCCUGUUCCUCGGCCUGGCUGCUCUCCUGAUCUGGAAGCUGCUGGUGACCAUUCACGACAGACGGGAGUUUGCUAAAUUCGAGGAGGAGCGUGCUCGCGCCAAGUGGGACACGGGGCACAAUCCACUUUACAAAGGAGCCACAUCUACCUUCACAAACAUCACAUACAGAGGAAAAGACUGAUGCUACUGAAAGAUGAAGAGRAGAGGAUGAAAUAAUGGACUUUUGUCAUCCUUUGGGAGAAAGUGGCAAAUCAUGUGCAGGCUUCUACUGUCACAAAAUAACAAUAAUCCUGUGUAAAUAUGUAAAAAUUAUUCCAAAGCUACAUUUUAAUAGGGUUAACAAUUAAAGAAAUGUUUUUGUUCAUUAUGAUUUGCAGAUGUUUUGUGUUCCAGGCAGAAUAAAGACUUGCUUCCUCACAAACACA